CUUCCCUAUAUAUGCGUAUUGCAUGAAAAAGAAACUGUUGAGUCUGAUUGUCAUAUUAUUAUUUUUGAGGAUGUAUUUGUUAUUUAAAUAAUAAGAUGGAGAACCCGCCCGAGUUUUACCAGAUCAUGUCCCUCCGCCUGUCGAGGGCGUUAAGCGACAUCGGGGUCAACAGCUGGAUGGUGAAGAGAAGAAGGAGAACUUUCCUCAUGGAGGCGGACGAUACGAUCAAUGACAUACUACAAGGAUUUGAUGUUACCAGUUUCUGUUUCGGGAGUCAGUCAGAGGGAACAACAACACCGGGACUAAACUCCGAUAUUGACAGAUUAUUCUGCUUAAACAAAAUAAACAUCAUGUCAUCCUGGUCUGAAUGGGAACCCGGGAGGGAAAACAUGCUGAUGGUGAAGGAGGAGACGUGCUCUCCACAGCAUUACCUGCUACAGGUAAUUAGACAUGACUCACCUGAACCAGUAAUACAUUCAAGUGAUGAAUCCCAUGUAGUUGACAGUAAUGGCCGUGUAUUAUAUCUUAACACAGAAUGGGUAAUGACUGCCCUGAAAGAGUCGAUAGAAAGAAAUAUGAAUUACUUCGCAAGUGGCUCAUCUCAUAGCCCUUGUAAAAUGUACGAUCUCGUGUUCGCGUAUCGGUGCAGGUCACUUCCGCUAGAAUGCCACAAGUGGUAUGAACGACCGAGGCCCGGCCACUGGCCGACACCUGAACAGUUCAGAGAAACAAUGGAAUGUGGGUGUUUUCUUAUUCCUGAUGGACACUUUGACAGCCGUGUCAAAUUUGUUGAGUGGAGAAUUUCUCCUAGUCUUAUUGAGAGAAUACUGAUGUUUAGCAUGAAAACAUUACAGCUGAAAUGUUAUGUGGUUCUGAAGAUUCUUAAAUCACACGUCAUCAAUCCCCUUUUAUUUAAAAAAGGAAAGCUGACAAGUUUUCACUGCAAAACUGCACUCUUUUUCGCCGCGGAAAGAUUGCCCCCCGGAAUGUGGAGAGAACAUCGCCUGAUGGAAUGUAUUGUUUAUUGUUUGAAACUGUUGCUUGGUUGGACGAACACCGGUAUGUGCCCGCACUACAUUGUAGCAGGUGUGAAUCUUUUCCAUGGAAAAUUUACCAAUCGGCAAUUCGCAAAUCUUUCUAAGAUUCUUUCAAACAUCAUUGGAACUCACUUAGCAAUACUCGCGUACAUACAGGCAGAUGAUUUGGGCAACCGGAUGUUCAACGCAAAUAUCAGAACUGUUCGCUACAGUGAAGGGUUACAAAUAUCGACAAACAAUAGUUUGUGUAGGUGGCUUAGUGUCUAUGCUCAACAUAGAAUGAAUAGGUAUCUUAAUAUGAGGUUGAUUAAACUGUCUGAUAUGAUGCCUGAAGAAAUGAUUACAUUCUUAGGCCAACAUUUUCAAGAAGUGCGUGCAUAUGUACAUGUACAUGGGUUGCCAAUUAUAAAAAAAUAUUUCCUUUAUAUUUCGAAACAAAUUCUGAGUAUUUUGGCAUCCAUUGUUGCAUCGUAUUGCAUACAAAAUGGUUGUGUUGUACCUAGAAAUACACUGUCUCUGUUUGAAAGUUCCCUAGAUACGGAUGUAGCGUCAUCAAGACUGAAGUUUGCGUCUUUUCUCGUCUGUCAUAAUGAGCUUGAAAGAGCAGCGGACGUGCUGAACGAUGUUGAACGUAGAUAUGACGACAGCGUGCAAGCUGUAUGUGCAUGUGGAAGAAUGGAUCCUUUAAAUACAGAACAUCACAAACCACUGUGCUCUUACAGUGUUGUUGAUAACGAUGAUGUUCUCUUAAUAAAUAAAACCGCGUUAUGUGUUCGCUACUUGAGACAGGAAGCGUUCUGUGCACCACCGAUAUUGCGCUACGAGAUGGUGAGGGGAAUAGGCGAGGAUAUCAAUCAUAGAAACAUUCUUGAACGUGACUGUAUGAACUGGAUCUUGGUAGACGCCCUGCCGUACCUCUACUACCUGCAGUACCUGACGUUCCGCGGUCUCGGUCAGCAAGGAAGACAACUACAAGUAUUCAACAACUUACGCAAUUGCUUCGUUAACGAAAACCUUCGUUCCCAUCUCCACCAUACGGAGACGUGUGCCAACCUGUUGGGCCACUGCAUGGAAAUGGAGGGCCGACCGGAGAGUGCGUACCGACUGUACAGGGCAUCCGUGCAAGAUAAGCCUAGGAACAACGCGGCUCAUUGGCAUAUUUACAGACUGAAUCGUGGCUACGAGAUUUAGAUAUUUACAAUUUACAGUUAACAAAUAUAUUAGACAGAUAUUUAAUAACAAUAUUUAUUGACGCAUUCUUUUAUCCUAAAGUGAUUGUUACAAUGCCAACUGUAUACCAUAUAACAUUAUUUAAUAUUCAUCAUACUUAUCAUUAUAAUCAUUAUUUGUAUAAUUACCAUAAUUUAUUUUUAUUAUUAUUAUUAUUAUUAUUAUUAUUAUUAUUAUUAUUAUUAUUAUAAAGAUAUGCAAUUGAUUGUUACAAAAAACAACUGCAUAUCAUUUAACAUUAUUUAUUGACAACUCUGCCAGUAAAUUAAUAUAGAUUAAAAUAAAUAAUAUUCUCAUUGAAUGGUAAGGGUUUUGUAUUAUUAUUAUUAUUAUUAUUAUUAUUAUUAUUAUUAUUAUUAUUAUUAUUAUUAUUAUUAUUAUUAUUAUAACUGUUGUUUUUAUUAUUAGUAUAAUAAUUGUUGUUGUUGUUGUUGUUGCUUAAAAUAACGGAUCUAUUUUAAUUAACACUUUAACGUUUACGUUUCAUGUUUUAUAUGGCUAUGAAUGUGGUAAUAUUUAAUGACUGAUACACAAUAUGAUACGAGAAUAAAAUCAGUCUGGCAUUGAACUUUCCAUUUGUC